AUGAACGUCACAGUGUACGUCGUCUCCGUCAUCGGUCUAAUUUCAUCACUAUUCACAACUGCCAUCAAUAUUCUACUCGUUUAUCGAAACAUGUAAGUAUUAUCGGACAAUGCAUUCUGUGCACAAUCUCUGCUUUCAGAAGAAACCGAAAAAAGGCAAAUUCCGACAUGACGCUCUUCUUCUACCGAUUCAUUCUUGACGUGUUGAUGGGCUCCACGUGUAUGGCCAACAAUUUCAAACCCAAAAACAGUUUGAUUUCAGUAGGAAUCUACCUGAGCCUCACCGUUUCCUACCUGAUCUUCCCCUCCUCACUGGCCAUCAUCCGAGAUUACGUGGGUCUCCUUGGACUGCCGGGCUCGAACGCCGCCGCCGCCAGAGCUCUCAUCGUUCUGUUCAUCAACGUGGAACGCUGUCUGGUGGGUUCUCGGGUUUUAGGCGUCUUUUGCGUUAGGAAAACCGACGUUUGUUUUGCGAUUCUCCACGGCUUGGACUUUUGGACUAUUUGCAAUGUUCCAGUUGGACCCAAAACUCUGCACACUUCUUAGAUCUGGAUUUGUCUCGCUCGUUGCUGUAUGAUUGCGCAAAAAUGUUGCAUUUGUACUGUGCGAAGGACAUCAAAGUUUACGAUAUUUCUCAAAAACCAUCACUGUACCUCUAGGUCAGAUAAUCCGAUCGGCCUGAAAUUUGGUAGCCACAUACUUUAAUCCAAAUCGAAGAAGCCUGCAAAGUUUGGUUCCUAUCGGAAUAUGGUCCACUUCCAGGCCGUCUACUUUCCAAUGUUCUACCACAAACUCCGACGAGAUCUGGUGCGGACUGCAGUUCUCGCAACUUCUCUGUCGUUCGGCCUUUUCGAAGACGUCGUGCUCUUUGUGCUCUGCGACUUCCCCUCUUUCAUCGCUCCGCCCGAAUGCCUCGCUUUGGGAUGUGCGUUCAGCGCGUGCUUUCACCAAUUCUGGAUCUAUAGCAAGAAUGUGAUAUUCUUAAUCACGUUUGUGUUCUCCGUCGGACUCUGCGCACGGCUGCUCUAUUGGAAAUAUUGGGGCAGCACGAACGUGAUGCACAAUAUCUCCAGGGUUUGUUCGUGUGAUCCGAGUCGGAGCCUUUUAAAAGACAUUUCAGAUCAACUACCUGGCCGUCAUCGACGCCUCCACUGUACUCAUCUUCGACUUUACGCCCUCAUUCCUCGCCAACAUAUUCCCUGAUUCCAAAUUGUUCUCUUUCGAGGUACGUACAGACUUAUAGGUAUACAUGAGGACGAAAAGUUUCAGCACGUCGGUCCCUACAGCGCCGUCUGCAAACUAUUCGGAUCGACUGUCGACGCCGUUCUCGCUUACCAUCUCAUCAUAAAAAAUGCAGCUUCAACGGAUCACAGCCAUACAUGGAGAACUGCCAAAUGA